AUGGUGCUUGUUUUCUCAGUGGUGAACAGGGGAGAAGGUCGCAGUGUAGAGAGGAGGCAUGAACGGUAUCAAUUUUACGCCUACAAUGGAAACGUCGCGGUGUUUUACGACCCCCGACAAGGCCUACCCGAAGCCGAGGUUGCGUGUGAGGCGAACAAAGACCUCUCACUGGAGGAGGCUCCUGCGCACCCAUUCUUUGUGUGCUCGUUCGACGCCCUUUGGGACACCACGAAGGAGGACACCAGCCCAAAGAAGAAUGGGGAACAAGAGUUGCUGGAGGUGCUCAUGGCCGACGUGAGUGCGCGUGUCGCGGUACGCGAAAACGUCACCAUUGUCAACCGAGGAGCUCAUGCGGAUCGCUUCGUUGAACGGGUUUUGCGCUCGCUGCAAAAGAGCGUCGAACAGGCAGCGGAGAACGCCAUGCAGUUUGUGGCCGAUGAGUUGGCGAAGGAAAAACAGAUGCAGCGCCUGCUUCAACUGGAAAAUGAGUCCAAUCUGCAUAUGUUAAAGGACUACGCCAAGAGCGUCAAUGAGGUGGCAAGGCCCGCCCCCACAGGCCUCAAGAUCUCCGCCAAGCUGUCACGGAACUUGCGACGACUUCGGAGGCAAAAGCUGCACUUUCUCGUUUCCAGGCAGAAGGCGGCGGCGAGGUUCACCAUAUUGACAGCCGCACAUCACGGAGAGCUGGUGCCACCAUGCAUGCGGGGCUCGUGUCUGACGCCAGAGUCUUUCGCGGCCAUCCCGCCAAUGCGAGUCACACCGUCAAGCCCAAGCUCACGCCGUGCCAGGGCUGCGACCACGAAAAGUUCCCACCUCGGUUACCGGGCGCAGCGACGAUCCACUCUGAGCAUCCUGGAGGUCCUCGGCGAGGAAGCCGAGGCGGACGCCGUUGAGCCUCUGAAAGGCAAUGGAUGGGGGAGGGAGAUGCACUACUAUGUAUUUGACGGUAGCACCUCCCUCUUGGGGCUUCCAGGGAUACCAAAGUUUGAGGAUGUCAUAAAGGGGUUUACGGUGGAUUUCUGGUUCAGAGUGGAUUCAUCAGAAACGGAGGGAAAGCGUGUCUUGAUUCACAUCAUGGACGGCCAACGGGCGGGACUUGGCCAACUGUUUCAGAUCAGUUUGACUCGCCAUGAGCACAUGUAUGAGGCGAUUUGCGUGUACGUCCGUGACAGCACCAACCGGGUUUUGGAGUGUUUAAUGCCACUGAAAUCGCACAUCGCAUCCACAGACGGUGAACCGUGUUUUCAUCACUUUCUCCUCAACGUCCAGAGCCUGGAAGAAGGAAAUCUGGAGUGCACGCUCGAUGGUCAUCCCGCGGGGCUACAAAUUGUGCAGCAGGAGUACCCAAUCUACUUUAACGCGUGGCCACACCGCCUUUUUGUUGGGGGAUACAUGGACGAAUCGAACAGGCCCACCUGCGUGUUCCAUGGGGCCAUUUGUGAACUACGAUUUGCGGUCAACACGGCGGAUGGUCCCACGACAAUUAUUCGAUGGCCGCUGUUUGCGGAUGGAGAAAAGUUGAAGGAACUCAUGCACACCAUUCCGGAAGAACACCAUGAGACGUUAUUAAACCUUGAGCGGAGGGUGGGUCCUUGCCCACUGACUGCACCCUUUUUGGAUGGUAAUCUUGUGGUGAAUUUGGGGCCGCUUGGCAUUCUUGGCGAGCUGCUCUGCAAUUGGAGGCUGGAAAUCCGAUUUCGAACGAAUGUGAGCAAUCGGACGAUGAGUUUGCUUGGUGUUACCGACCGACAGUGCAGAAUGCAGGAAUUGGGUAUUGUGAUGAAUGCCGAGCCCGUUUUUGGAAAGGAGCGCUUUCGCUACCAUGAGUUUAAUAUUACCUUGUACCUCGUGGAUGCCUUUGGCGCAUGCUGCUCAGCGCUGCUUCGCGGCAGCGAGCACCAGAACUUGAUGGAUGACCAGUGGCACACCUUGAUAUGGAAAUGUAUCGAUAGUGAGGCAAACACGUACAGGGUGAAGGUGGAUGGCGUGGUGCAGGAGCUCCUCUACCUGGUGCGGGAGGGACCGCGGCGGUUUGUUCCCUUUGAGGACUGGGUCUGUCUGGGGGGCCACAACACCCGCAACCACAAGGUGCAACGGCCGUUUUAUGGUGAAAUUGGUCGGUGUUUUAUCUCCGUGCGUGGGGUGCCGCUUGCGACGCUGAACAUGGAUGAGGGACCAGGGGCCUACGUGCUUCAAGACACCUCCGGCCGCCACCACCACGGACUUUUGAUCAGCCCCGUGACAAAUGCCAUUCGACGCCAUGACGUUUACUGGUUUCCAUACCUGGAGGAUUCCAUGGGCGAUGCAGGCGACAUUAACGGCGCGGAUGGGAUCAUCAUCCAUAAGAACAACAACGUCUCCGUGGCGGCGGUUGUCUUCACCUGCGAGUUUGACGCUGUCGGGGUCGCACGUGAGGUGGUGUAUGAUUUCUUGGGCGAAGCCUGCGUGGAGCCGCAGGUUGUGGAGAACCACAUCUCUGACGAGCGUCCUCAGUGGAAGACGUGGCGGUCCCUGCCUGACAGCUGCUUCAGGCCCCUCAGCACCCUCGUGCAGUUGGAGGAGGCGGUGAACACCACACUCUCCUGUGAAAAACCGCUUGGGCACGUCAUGUUUGUCAUCCGAAUUGGAGACUGUCAUGUGACGUUGCUGAACCUGCACGGCCCCGUGCUUCCCCCGGACGCGAUAUACAAUCACAACGUGCUGAAGUGGCAGUACGCCUACGCCGUCUCGGGCACCAAAGGAAGGCGGGAGCUCCUCCUCAACCGCAUGCUGCAGGGUGUGGAGAGCGUCCUUCUGAGCGACACGCUUACCCCCUUUAUGACCAAAAGGCUGGGCCCCUUGAACGUGCACGAAAGCAGUAUCGUGACGGAGGACAUUAUUCGGUCCAUGCAGAAUAGCGGAAGACCAUGGUUUCUGAGUGCGGUGCUGCACAAUCACCUGCUCAAUGCCGAAUAUGGAUCCCACGUUCACCUCAUCCACCACUUUAUGGAUCGCAUGACGGCGGAUGAGGCGGCGUCGGUCGCACUCUUCAACCGACGUCUCUUCAACGCAACGAAGGAGAGGGCGUCAAUUUUGAUUCAGCGUAAUUGGCGGGCGCGAGAGGCACGAAUGGCGGUCAUGCGCCUUCAGUGCGAAAGGGAAAUCCGGGAGCGAAAGGUGGAGGAGAUAAAUGCACUGCGACUGAACCCUCUGCUGAAGGCAAAGGAAACCCUCACCGCGUUGCUCGUCACACUGCAUCAGAUUGACUGUGAAGCAAUUCCACCCAUCACCGAUGGCAUUGACGAGCUGUCGGCGGCGCUCGCCAACAACGGCUACGAGGUCACUUACUUGCCCAACGCCUCCAGGGCAGCACUGAUGAAGGCGCUUUCGGAGCUGGAUGAAAGUACAUCCAGCUUUGUUUACAUCAGUGGAUAUGGUGGGCUGAUGAGUGUUCGCCAGCCGCUGCUCUUUUCUCUGCAUAGCCUGCAUAUUUCGAUCUCAGAGGGUGCCCAGCGGGCGGCUCUUGAAGCAGAGUGUGGAACGGCAUACCGCAGAAUUAUGCAAGAGUUCCACGAGGAGCAUCCGCCUCCAAAGGUGCGAAAGGGAAAGCGUAAGGCGAGCAAGGCCCCACCUAGCAAAAAGGCUUUGCAGGAGGCAGAGUUAGCUGCGCGGCAAAGGGAAGAAUUGUUCCGGAUGGCUGUUGCGGAACUUGAAAAGGAAGAGGCAGCUACGCGUGGGGUAACUGGAGAGGAGUACGACACUGAGGUGUUAAUGCUUAUGCGAGAAAUAAAACUAGCCACCGAAGCCACGGAGGAAUACGAGCGCAUAUACAAGAAAGAUCCUCAUUGGAUGCAUUUUGUGCUUCCAUGUGAAGCCAAACUCAUUGAGCCGUAUGCAAACACCGUUUAUGCUGUGGAGGAGCUAAUGAACAUUGCCCUCCAACGACAAUUACCCCCUUUGGGUCUUCAGCGGAUUGUGGCCAUGGAUUUGGAGCCCAUCACCCCCAUUUCUUGCGGCUCUGCCUGGGUGGCCAGCAGCACGGGGUACUCGUUGAAGUUUGUGUAUCAACCGCAGCAGCGUCGCAUCAUGUCCAGAUACCUUCUAAAGGCCUUUGAGGGCCGUUUGCCGUGUGUUCCAGCGCAUUCCAGGUACGCGGUGCUAAAGGGCGGCAUUGAAACAAAACCGAAUGAGCGAGACUGGCGGUCCUUUGCGACGUAUUUGGUCUCAAAGAUGGGGUCGGUAUGCGACAAGGAGGUGCUCGCCGAGCUGCGGGGGGAGCUCGAGCGGGAGGUGCCGUUUACGGCGGAACUUAUUCCUGUGCGGGGAAUUGUUUUGGACCCGGAGGCGCGUACCAAGCUGCAGCGAGAGAGGGAGACAAAAGAAGUGCAUGCCAUCUUGCGCUACGGCGUGGGCAGCUCUCAUGUACAGGCCGACAUGUUCAGCGUCUUCAAGGACGUCAUCGCAUUCGGCGUCCCCCUGAAGGAAAUCACGUUCAAGAACACACUUUACAUCCUGUUUGCGCACAGCAACAGCGGCAUCGACGGCCUUGUCAGGGGGUCGCUCCUGAAGGAAAUAGAGAAGUGUCGUCCGGGCGGGUGCGACGUCCCGAUUAGCGUCACCACCACCGCAUGGGGUAUGCGUCUCCACUUCGAUAGCAAAGACCCCGAGAAGAGGGUGUACAUCUCGCAGUGGGCCAGUGCCAUUGUGGUGCGGAGUCUCUCCUGGCAGAUCCCAGUGAUGCCGGUCUUCGGGUAUCGUAUGCGGGAGGUGGACCAUGUGGAGUACCUGUACGAAGUGAAAGUCACCUGCUCCCUGCGCAACUUUCAGCGUUUGCAGAAGCAGCAGCACUUGCAGCCUCUCCCAAUGACGUAUUCGCGCUAUCUGGCGUGCGAACUGGCCCCUGGUUCGUCGUAG